AUGGAACGUGUCAAGCACGUAAGAAGUCAUACUAAACGAAUGAUUAACAGUAAUGAAAGGGUCCCAUUUGUUGAAGGAUUAGGUAAAGAAAUUAUUAACGGUGAUUUGGAAAACGCGUAUGUGAUGCUCGAUACGCUGGAUAAAAUCGGGAACCUAAAAUGGCUACAGAUGUAUCAUAAUCCUAACCAUGAAGGUGAGACUCUCCUACACUUGGCGGUAAAAUACCAUGAUGAUGAAUCCUUUGUAAGAAAACUUUCAGAGUUAUGUCCCUCUUUGUUGCUCAUGGCAAGAGAAGCAUCUUUAGAGUUCUGUGGUCAAACAGCACUUCACAUGGCCAUUACCAAAGGAAAUAUUGAGGCUAUUAAAGUCAUGCUAGAAGUUGGACAGUUUAAGGACAUUCAAAUGGCCACGCUGUUGCACACGCGCGCAACUGGAUCUCGAUUUGUGAAUACUGUUAUGAUGGGACAGCUUCCUUUGACGGUUGCUGCUCUGAAAGGAAAUGCCGAUACUGUUGAUAUCUUACUGCAGUAUGGGGCUGAUAUUCUCAUUCAAAACGAGGAGGGUGAUACAGUGUUUCAUUCACUGAUAAAGUAUUCUGCGACCUAUCCAGAGAAGGUAGUGACAAUGCUGCACAUGCUUCGGUACCUCAAUCAAAAGAUAGAGGAGAGGGAUCGAGACAGAAGUACAUACGAUUAUUCUGGAACAGAAAUGUACCGAGAACCGCAUUCAUUCGUCUGGUUUUUGAAAAAUAACGACAACAUGUCCCCGCUACAACUUGCAGCAAAGCAUGGAGUAACGGAGCUCUUUGAAGAAAUUUUAAACAUCAAGGAUGUAUACUGUUUCAUCAGUGCAAACGAUGGGCUCUUCGAUGUCAAAGAAUAUGACGUCACAGAAAUAGAUACUGUCAGUAUUAUUCGGGCCUCAUCCCAUCGCCACCCUUCUUCAGUUUCACACAAAAAGUCAGUUCCACAACACAUUCACGGAAUAGCAAAAACUGUUGUACAUUCAAAUGAAACGCAAUGUGCACCUUUCGGAGGACAAUGCUGCUCUUACCCUGAGACAGAAUCCAUACUGGAAAUGCUUUUUCAAUUUGGUUACGAUAACAAAGACGCAUAUCGUAUCAUCGAACUUGCACCAGUGAAAAAUAUUAUAAAAAUGAAAUGGCAGAGUUACCAGUGGUUUUUCAUUUUAUGGAUGAUUUUUCAUUAUUCCUUCAUGAUCAUGUUAACAAUAUACAGCGUCUAUAAUGUUGAAUUGAGCAUCCCUACAGCAAAUACUGGCGGCGUCAAUUCAACAACUUAUUCAGAAAAUUUUGUGCAUGGAUUUCGAUGGGUUUCGUUUUCAGUUGGAAUUCUUUAUACUUUUAUUGCAAUCUGUUUGCUAAGCGCCAAGGUCCGCAAAAACAAUAUUCGUGGUUAUUUACUUCACAAUUUGGAAUAUAUUUUACCGAUGCUGAUACUAUCGGUAAUGAUGAUCGUGGAUGUCCUCUGGACAAUUACAGAACAGCAUGACAACAUACCUUUGAUAAUAGCAUUAGUAUGUGGCUGGUGGCUAAACAUAUUUUUCCUCUCACCAAUAAAGCACUUUAGUUUUUUCACAGAAAUGAUAAAGCGUGUAAUUAUUGGUGAUCUCUUCCGCUUUGGGCUGGUCAUAAUGUUUGGACUUUUUUCGUUUACUGCCGGAAUGUACAUGGUCUUUAGAGGAUCGGAAGAGACACAAAGCGAUUUUACAUCUUACGGAAGCACGAUGAUGGCGAUGUUUAAGCUUGGAAUCGGCAUAGAGGACAUAAGUGUUCUCUACUCAGCGCGUAUUCCUUGGGCUGCAAUCACAAUAUUUGCACUUUUUACCAUAUUUACAUAUCUGCUUAUGUUGAAUGCUUUAAUAGCCAUGAUGUCACAGACUUGCUCGCUCGUUUUAGAGGAACAAUUUCCACAAUGGCGUGUGCAACAGCUAUCAGUUAUUCUAUUUAUUGAGGACAUCAUAUGUCUCUGUUGCUUUCAAACUAUUCUGUCAUGUGCUGGUACUAAAAAGAGAAUCAGGGGUUCCGAUCCAAUAACAAAACAGAUCAAAUUCGAAGAUCGCUAUUUUCUCGAAAUUCACUCUCUUCAUAUGGAGUAUGCAACCACCGAAGAUAAAGUCUGGGCCAAAAAGAAAUCAAAUGAGAUGCAGACACUACACCCCCAACUCAAUUUAAACGAUUCAUUGAUGACCACAGACUGUCUUGACCAUCCCGUGAUAACAUCCAUCUCUCCAAUACGCCCUAAUGUAAGCGCCCAUGAGCCAAUCACGUCUUCUUUAGAAAAUGCUGGGUCUGACGUUUUUAAACCCUCCGUUCGGCGGAAGAAGUCAACAAAAGAAAAGAAGCGUAAACCGCUAGAAAAACUUGAUGAAAUGAACACCGAGGAAGAACAAGAAGAACAUGGACAAUAUCUCAGACAAGUGUCGCCGAAGUCGCCGGAAGUCCUCUCCGACAGAAGUCCGACCAGAAAACCAACUCCGAAAUCUCAGCGGAAAAGAUAUUUGUCUGAAAACGACAAAGAACUCCGAAGCCAAGGGGUUCAGCAUUCGCCUGUCAUAGAAAUAGAUCCUCCUGUUUAUCGUGUAAACCUCGCUAGGGUUCCACUGAAUGGACUGAAAGAACCAAAUCAAGUAGAGUAUGAAAUCAGAAACCUUACGUAGUUUAACCCUAUUUGGCCAAACCUUUGUCUGUGAUGCCAUUAUUUAAUAAUAUUUU